UUUCCUCGCGAGCUAAAAGGUGUGUUUAAAGUGCUUGAAAUGUGUAUUUGAAGUCAAUUUAAGUUGUCACAAGACUAUUACCUGUCUUGUUCUCAAAAAAAGGUUAAAAAAAACUAAGGUUAUGGAUUCGGAGGACUUUGAUCGGAAGAUUGUUAUCGAUGAAUUAACAAACAAAGCUCUGCAAGAAUAUGAAGGCCUGCAAAGGAAGCAUGAGUCAGCAACUAUCAAGUGUAAGAUACUGGAGGGGGAACGAGAUCAGGCUGUUAAGAAGCUUCAUGAAUUUCAGCAAGUUUCUAAGAUGGUCAUUGAAGAGGUCGCCGUCAUUCAGGAGAAGCUGGAGAUUGAGAGAACGUGUCGAGAAAGUGCUGAAGCCCUGGCCUCCAAGCUGAAUCGACAGAACCACUCCCCCUGAAGAGGAAGAAGCAUGAUGCUGCUGUCUCAAGUCCGCACACAGACCAUCACGGAGAUCAGCCUUGAGGAUGAGGAGGUGGAGGAGGAAGUAGAUGAAUUUUAGCUGCUAUUAGCCAGGACUGCCAAUAGCGAGUGCCAGACCAAAAUCUCAGAGCUGCAAAGUGCGCUGCUGACGACGAAAAAUGAAAUGUGCGAUGAUAUCACAACGCUGAGAAAACAACUGGAGGAAACCAAACAGGAGUUAGGGGUGUCUCAAUCGCCCAAUCUUAUGAAGGAGAAACGUGAGAAUAAUGCUUUAGUUGCUGAGACGGUGCAGCAAAAAAAGCUGCUGGGAAAAUACAACAGAGUGUCUGCGUUUGCUUUAGAGGAAUAUAAAACCAUUCAAGACACGUUGACUCUUCAGCAGGACUUGAGAGAUAAAGCAGAGAACUUUGCCAGAGCAAUGGUUGUUGAACAGAAGAUGCUGAAAAGACAGAGCCAGAUCCUGAUGGAGAGUUCCCCAAAUGACUGUGCGUUACAGGAGGCACUCAAACAGCUCUCUGGGCUGACCAAAGAUUUGGAAGCACAGAAGCUGGAGCACCAGAGCCAGAUAAAGCAGAUGGAGGACCAACUAAGUAGCUGCCAGACUAGAAAGGAGCUCAUGGCCUUGAGGUGUAAACUUGAGCUUGUUGAGGAGGAGAAACGUGAGUGCUGUCACGAGUACUGCAAGGCCCAAGCACAGGUCAAGGAUCUGAGCUUUACAGUUGAGGAACUUCAGAAAAAACUACAAGUUGCCACCAAGCCUCCACCUUCUCCAGUGCAUCCAUGUCCGCCUCCCCCCCCUCCUCCUCCUCCUCCUCCUCUACCAUCUUUUGCAGUCUCCAACCCACUCAGCUCCCUGCUGUCAUUGAUCAGAAGCAGACAAACUCCGCUUUUGGUCCAGAGUUCAUCAGCUUCAACAAGCGAAGUAGACGUCAGGCAGCAAGCAGUGCAGGAAAUGAUGGACAGGAUCAAGAACGGGGUUGAGCUUCGGCCUGUCAGGCAGAGACCUCACACCAAGAAACAGUGGCAACUGGUCCAUGGUGUACCCCAUCUUUCGCCCGAAUGCAGCUGGUACUUGAUGAUUUGCCGCCUCCGUCGGGCGACAGAUGCCUCAGGGACUGGAAUCGGGGCGGUCCUGGCCCAAGUGAUUGACGGGUAUGAGCAUCCAGUGCUGUAUAUCAAUGCCAGGGUCACCAGAUGGUUUCGAUGACCAGCGUCUUAUCAGAGAACAGGCCCGCGGGCGACUCGUCUGGUCCUUACGGGCGACCUGGUGCCCGCGGGCACCGCGUUGGUGACCCCUGCUCUACACACACACACAUGACAAUAGUUGUGGGGGGUGCUGGAGCCUAUCCCAGCUGCAUCCGGGCAGAAGGCGGGGUACACCCUGGACAAGUCUCCACCUCAUCACAAUGCUAAAAAUAGGCUGUCUUUAAAUACCAUACAAUUACAGUAUGCUACCGUACCGGUGAAAACGUCAUCUUAUGACCAAGGUAUACAACACAAUUGCACCUGACCUGA